UACCAAAAAAAACGUUCCAAUCUAAUCAUCAAACCCAGCAAAUCUGCAAUCAAAAAGUCGGUAACUUUCGAAAGAUGGGGAAUUUAUUUUGCUGUGUACAAGUGGACCAAUCAACGGUUGCGAUUAAAGAAACGUUUGGGAAGUUCGAAGAUGUUCUUGAGCCAGGUUGUCACUUUCUCCCAUGGUGUCUUGGUCAGCAAGUUGCUGGUUACCUCUCUCUAAGGCUUCAGCAACUUGAUGUUCGUUGCGAGACUAAAACAAAGGAUAAUGUGUUUGUUAAUGUUGUUGCAUCGAUUCAGUACCGUGCUUUAGCUAAUAAUGCUAAUGAUGCUUUCUACAAGCUUAGUAACACAAGAAGCCAGAUCCAAGCUUAUGUUUUUGAUGUGAUCAGAGCAAGUGUCCCCAAGCUGAUUCUUGAUGAUGUCUUUGAGCAGAAGAAUGAAAUUGCUAAAGCUGUUGAAGAGGAGCUUGAGAAGGCAAUGUCUGCUUACGGUUUUGAGAUUGUUCAAACUCUCAUUGUUGACAUAGAGCCUGAUGAACAUGUGAAACGAGCCAUGAACGAGAUCAACGCUGCUGCAAGGAUGAGGUUAGCUGCAAACGAGAAGGCAGAAGCUGAGAAGAUCUUGCAGAUCAAGAGAGCUGAAGGUGAAGCUGAGGCCAAGUACUUGUCUGGUCUAGGUAUCGCUCGUCAGAGGCAAGCCAUUGUUGACGGGCUACGUGACAGUGUUUUGGGCUUCUCUGUGAAUGUUCCUGGAACAACUGCUAAAGAUGUGAUGGACAUGGUGCUUGUUACGCAGUACUUUGAUACUAUGAAGGAGAUUGGUGCUAGCUCCAAAUCCUCUGCUGUGUUCAUACCACAUGGACCAGGAGCGGUUCGUGAUGUGGCUACUCAGAUCAGAGAUGGGCUUCUUCAAGGCUCGUUUGCAGACAAGUCUUGAAUUAGAUUGGACUGAUCGUUAUAUGUUUAUAUACUAAGCUUUGUGGUGUGUUAAGAUCCUAUGAUCUUUUGCUGAGAAACUCUCAUGCUUUAGUUUUUUUUUUUUAAAUACUUUUCGUUAUUAAAUUUGACGUAUUUGUACAACCAAAAAGCGUAAUUAGUAUCGAUUAUUAAUCAAUUAAUCUACAUGGAUUAUGAGGUUACAUUAGAGGCUAAAUAAAAUAAAUUCAACUCAUCUGUAUGGAGGAGUUAAUGAAUGAAAACCGAUAUUCC